AUGGAAGUUGUUGAACUUGUGGCCUUAAAUAAAAGAUAUAGGGAGAACAACAGUCCGUCAGAACGUGAUGGAGAAUAUGAACAAAGGCGUCGUAACGCUGACAAUAGGAUUUAA